AGCCACUGGCAAGCCUUUCUCUACGUGCAGCCAUAGAGAAAUAUGAAGCUGACCUCAAUCAAGCCAUCAGAGCUUGUACAGGGAAGAAGGAUAAGAAGGAGUUGGAGGCAGUAGAGGAGAAAUUCAAAAGAUUAUCACUGCCAGUUAAUGCAUGGGUCCAUGCAAGACUCAAGAUGAGUUCCACGCCGGGCACUGUUGCAUCAGUUUUGUUAUGGGCAAUGCCUCAAAUUUACAAGAAUGCUUUGGAGAAGGACAAAGGUCAGAAAAUUGUUUUUAGUGACAAAAAGCUGAAAGCAUGGAAAACACAAUCCUUGUUAGACAGUUAUAAAGAACUGUGGAGAGGUGAUGGGAAUGCUAGUAGACUCUUAGAAGAAGAAAUACAGGGAUUGUUAAAAAAUCACAAGUAUAACAAAAAGGUAAAGCUCCCUGAUGUAGUCGAAAGUAUGAUUGACAAGUUCAUAGAUUCAUGCAAAGGAUUGAGAGGGAAUGUCAAUGUGAAAGCAUUGCAUCCCAUAAGCCUUCCAACAGAGAUAGUAAUAGAGAAGGUGCCUAUCUCAUCUAUGACUUGCUUGUGGCAUUUCAAAUUGUUCUUCAGUGCUGAAUCAGAUGGGGAAUCAGAGGAAUUGGAUAAGGAGGAAUUGGAGGAAUCAGAAUUGGAUGAGGAGGAAUCUGUUUCAAGUGAUGAUGGUGAGGAUAUAGAUGAGGUGUUUGAAAAGAGUGAAGAUGAAGAGGAUGGAGAGGGUGAGGCAGCUGAGGUAGAUGGUGGAGUGGAACUGCUGUUUGGAGAAUGCUCAAGAUUCAAUGCCAAUGGCCAAAGCAUAAUAGAGACUGGGAAAAACUGCAAUGUAAAGAUGGCCAUAACAGGCUUUACAAAGAAAUCUUAA